AUGGACUCCGAGGACGAAGAACCUGCCUAUAUGAAUAAAGUCGAUGCCAAUCGACUGCUGAGGUUCACGGAGCGAUUCGACUAUUCCGAAAAGCCAUGUGAGCAGGCUGAUGAGACACCUGACUCCGGUGCCGACUCCGACUCCGAUUCCAGCAAUUCCAAGGAUAUGUGGAUGUGCCCCGUGCCAUCCUCAUUGCUGGAUGACUUCACGACUGGCGACAAUCUCCGAGAACAGGUUCCUAGGAAAGGCAUAACCAAAGACGAAGAAAAACUGGUCAAGCAGCUAAGGAAGACAUUCUUUGACUGGUACCUGGCCAAGGACGCGAAAAGCCGAGAGAAACUCUUUACGUGGGGCCUGGACGAGGCGAGUGCGUACGUCGUGGAGGCUAUGCAGAAGGGCGCAGACUCCUGGGGCAAAGUCGCCAACGCGGCUUGUGAUCUAUUAGGUCUCGACAGCGCGAAGGCGAACCAGGCGUCCAUGACGUGGCAAGGGGACGUCAAGGUUGACGAUCUGGUCAAAGACGUGCUGAAGAAAAUGCCGCCCAGCUUGGGCAUGGCGCUCAGGAGGACAGUGCUCGACGACGACCAGCUUCAGAAUCUCGUCAACUUCGAGGAUACGUAUACUAUUUCAGAAUUCCCAGGAGCACACGAGGAUCAAGAUGAAGGGAGUAUGAUCCUCUCGGCCAGCCUGGGAGCCGACGCAGACGCCGCCGUUACGUUUGCAGCGAGACCCUUCAUGUUCGUCAUCAACUCGCGCUCCGGCCGGUUCCUUCCCAUGGUUUCCAACGAGGCCGUCCAACACGAGAUCGACUUCGCCGACUGGAUAGGGAAGGGGUUUAAGCUGCUGGGCUACGACAGGCUGUACGGAUAUCGCAAGGACCAGUGGUACUACCGGGAAGAAUCGGCGGAUGAUUCGGACCAGGCUUAUGAGGGCCAUUACGCAGUGUUCUGGUUUGACGAGAUCACCCCGGACGAUGACAUGAAACCACUCGACCUAGCUAAGCUGAAGGCACGGGUCGGGUAA